AUGUUUCGUCGUUGGAAUGUUCGUGCUGCGCCACCAAAUUUUCGUGUGCCAUACCAACCUCCACCUUCAGGAACGUUAAUCCAACCGGGCUGGCUUUAUUUACGUAAAAUGGAAGAAGCAAAAUUGGCAUUUGCUCCUCCACCCGACCUUUCUACAGCCCCGCCAAUUAUUCAGCAACAACAACAAUUAAUAAAUAUACCUCAAAAUAAUUUACCCCAAAUGGCAGGGCAUCCAAUGCCGCCAGCAGCUACACAUUUAAGCGUUCCACCGCCCGCGAUUAUUCCUCAUCCCCCACAUCCCCAUCACCCCCACCAUUCCCAACAAUUUAAUCAUCAUCAACAAUUCCAUCCUCCACCUCAAUAUUCUAUUUUCCCUCCAAAUAUUCCCUCAUUAUUAAUGGGUGGAAAUAAUUUAUCUAUUCCUCCACCGCAACAUCCAAGCAAUCCCCCUCUUCCUCCUCAAGCAAAUUUUCGUCCCUAUUAUAAUUUGCAUUGAAAGCAUUUUGUUAAAGUAUUUUUUAAACCCGAACAUUUAUUGUUUUUGUAUUUCAUAUGAAUUAAUGAAUAUUUUUUAAAGAUUUCUCGCAAUUUUAUUUUGCUGUCAAGAUUUAUUUUGUUAUAUUUGUUCGCGUUUUUCUUAAAAAUUUAUUUUUUAAUAUUAGGCAGUUCUUGAAUUUAUAAUUAAUUAUCGGAUUUCGCUUUCCGUUUGUUCUCAUUUGCAAAAAUUCGUUUUUUUUUGUUUCUUAAUUAUUUCAGCACAUGUCUAUCACAAAUUCAAUUGUCAUUUAUUUUAUUAUAGAUACAAAAUCAGACCUCAUAAGCAGAGGUUGGUCGAAAUUUCGAUUUCCGGCGUUUUUCUCCUUCCUAUUUCUGAUUUCCGAAAAAAUUUGAUUUCCGACACCUCUGACUAUUCCGACC